CUUCGCAUUCGUGGUUCCCAUUCCCAACUCAUUCUGCUUGCCGUGUUCUCUCUCUCCAACAGCGAUUUCGCUUUCCCGCCACAAUGGAGAGUUCCCUCGCUGCCCCUGCCAUCGCUUAUAGGCACAGCUGAUCAACCAACGCGCCAAACCCCUCCUUUGACUGGAAGCCGCAGCUCUCGCUUUGCCAACAGGCUCCUCGUUUCUUCGCCCGCUAGAACGAUGGCAGCAGAGGCUUCUCCCGGCGCCAACAAGCUGCCCGAACUCAAAUUAGAUGCUAGGCAGGCACAGGGAUUCAUCUCGUUCUUCAAAACCCUCCCCAAAGAUCCUAGAGCUGUGCGCUUUUUUGAUCGCCGGGACUAUUAUACAGUUCAUGGUGAGAAUGCUACUUUUGUUGCAAGGUCAUAUUACCACACAACCACUGCUUUGCGACAAUUAGGUAGUGGCUCAGAUGGAAUUUCCAGUAUGAGUGUCAGUAAAAGCAUGUUUGAGUCUAUAGCUCGUGAUCUUUUACUGGAGAGGACAGAUCACACAUUAGAGCUAUAUGAAGGAAGUGGUUCAAAUUGGAAAUUGGCAAAAACAGGAACACCUGGCAAUAUUAAUAGUUUUGAAGAUAUCUUGUUUGCCAAUAAUGACAUGCAGGAUUCCCCUGUGACAGUUGCAUUGUUUCCUGUUUUCCGUGAGAACCAGUGUACUGUGGGACUAAGUUUUGUAGAUAUGACCAAACGGAAGCUUGGUGCAGCAGAGUUCCUUGAUGAUAAUCAGUUCACAAAUACUGAAUCAGUUUUGGUAGCUCUUGGUUGUAGGGAAUGUCUUAUACCUGCAGAAUGCGGAAUAUCAAUAGAAUUCAAAGCUCUUAAUGUAGCUUUAUCCAAAUGUAAUGUUCUUCUGAGUGAAAGAAAGAAAUCUGAGUUCAAGUCAAGGGAUUUGAUGCAGGAUCUCAGUAGGAUCAUCAGAGGGCCUACUGAACCUGUUAGAGAUUUGCUUUCAGAUUUUGAAUAUGCAUUGAGUGCCCUAGGUGCAUUGAUAUCUUAUAUGGAAUUGCUUGCUGAUGAUAACAAUUAUGGGAAUUUUACCAUUGAAAAAUACAACUUAGAUAACUGUAUGAGGUUGGAUUCUGCAGCAAUGAGAGCACUGAAUGUCCUUGAAAGCAAAACGGAUUUUAAUAAAAACUUCAGUUUGUUUGGUCUAAUGAAUAGAACGUGCACUGCUGGCAUGGGCAAAAGGUUGCUUAAUAGGUGGCUGAAACAACCUUUGUUAGAUGUCGAUGAAAUCAUUUGUAGGUUAGACUUGGUUCAGGCAUUUGCAGAGGACGCAGAGCUUUGUCAAGGAUUGAGACAACAUCUGAAGAGAAUUUCUGAUAUCGAGAGGUUGACCCAGGCACUGAGGAAGAAGAGAUCUAAUUUGCAACCAGUCAUAAAAUUGUAUCAGUCAAGCAUUAGGGUACCUUACAUAAGAGAUGUACUUGAGCAUUACGAAGGUCAAUUUUCCUCACUGUUAAGGAAAAAGUAUUCCGAGCCCCUAAACUUCUGGAUGGGUGAGGAUAAACUAAAUAAGUUCAUCGCUCUUGUUGAAAUCUCUAUUGAUCUUGAUCAACUUGAGAAUGGAGAAUACAUGAUCUCACCUGGGUAUGAUGAAAGCUUAGCUGUGCUAAGGAACCAACUCGACGAAGCGGAGCAACAAAUAAACAAUUUGCAUAAGCAAACAGCAAAUGAUCUUGAACUUUCUGUUGAUAAGUCACUGAAAUUGGAGAAGGGAACACAAUUUGGACAUGCAUUUAGGAUCACAAAGAAAGAAGAACAAAAGGUGAGAAAGAAACUUAAUAAUGCUUACAUUGUUCUGGAAACUCGGAAGGAUGGUAUAAAGUUCACAAAUUCGAAGUUAAAAAAGUUGGGAAAUCAGUACCAAGAGAUACUGAAUGAUUACACAAAUUGUCAGAAAGGUCUUGUGGCUAGAGUAGUUGAUGUUUCUGCUUCCUUUUCUGAGAUAUUUGAGGCUGUUGCUGGGAUUCUAUCUGAGAUGGAUGUUCUUCUGAGCUUUGCUAAUUUGGCAACCAGCUGUCCUGUUCCAUAUGUGAGACCAGAUAUCACACCCUCGGAUCAAGGGGAUAUCAUACUAGAAGGUUGCAGACAUCCUUGUGUGGAAUCUCAGGAUGGUGUUAAUUUCAUACCUAAUGAUUGUAAACUAGUCCGUGGAAAGAGUUGGUUUCAGAUCAUAACAGGGCCAAAUAUGGGCGGGAAAUCAACUUUUAUCCGGCAGGUUGGUGUGAAUGUGCUGAUGGCGCAAGUUGGUUGCUUUGUUCCUUGUGAGAGAGCAACCAUUAGCAUAAGAGAUUGUAUAUUUGCUCGUGUCGGAGCCGGUGAUUGCCAGCUUCGCGGUGUUUCUACAUUCAUGCAAGAAAUGCUUGAGACUGCUUCAAUCUUGAAUGGCGCUUCUGAGAAGUCGCUGAUAAUUAUUGAUGAGUUGGGCCGUGGAACAUCAACUUAUGAUGGAUUUGGCUUGGCAUGGGCAAUCUGUGAACAUCUUGUGGAGGUUACUAGGGCGCCAACUCUUUUUGCAACUCAUUUCCAUGAACUCACUACAUUAGCUCUUGUAGACACCCAGGAAUGUUCUAGUCUGGCCACCGUUGGAGUGGCAAAUUAUCAUGUUGGAGCGCACAUAGAUUCAUCAAGUCGAAAGUUGACUAUGCUUUACAAGCUCCAACCUGGUGCUUGUGAUCAAAGCUUCGGUAUUCAUGUUGCGGAACUUGCAAAUUUUCCUGAAGAUGUUGUAAGUCUAGCUAGAAGGAAAGCUGAUGAAUUGGAAGAUUUUUCUCAGGGAUCAAAGGACAGUGAUGGUUCAGAGAAACAGGUUGGGUGUAAGCGGAAAAGAUUAUGCACACCUGAGGACAUAACUAAAGGUGCAGCUCGUGCCCAUCGCUUUCUAGAGGAGUUCGCUGCUCUACCUUUGGAUCAGAUGGACAUGAAACAGUCAAUGGAACAUGUGAAUAAGCUGAGGACUGAGCUGGAGAACGAUGCUUCCAACUUUCCAUGGCUCCAGCAAUUUUUCUGAGACUCGAAGUCUUUCCACGAGGCAUUGAAUCCUGUGUCAUGAUUUGUUUGAAUGGUUGAGCAAAAGAUGCCUUUACUAUCAAGUAAUGUGUUUGUGCUCAGUGGCUCUCACUUUUGUUAUAGGGCAUGAUCUGGACUCUGGAGGUUGUAUAUGUCUAUAGUUCAGUUUUGUUAAAUAUUGAAUGAUCCAAUCCACUCAUCAGAGAUGUCAUUUCUGUUAUUAUGAUUUUAUUGCUAUGUUUAUAUAUA